AUGGGGCUCCAAUGUGAAGAGGCCAUAAACCCCAAUCCUGAUGUGGACACGGCCAGGCCCUCCAGCACCGAUAGUAAUGGGUUUCCGGUUAAAGAUUCAGAUGCAAUUAAGCUGUUCGUCGGCCAAGUAAGUUCAGUUUUAUGCAUCAUCUCUUCCAAAAAACAGUCUGCGGUAUCGGAAAUGGGCAGAGAGACUGCAACCCAUUAAUUUGGAUUAUUUAUUUUGCAUAAUUAAUUCGGCCUUAAUAUUUCUUUGUAAAUUUCCAAAAAUGCCCGAAGGUUUAAGACUUUCUGGCUUUCGUAUGUCUAUACGAAAGCAGUAAGCUUCGUAUAGAUAUUCAUAAAGAAUACUUUUACUAUUACCAAGUAAUCAACGGGUAUUUAGGGAGGGGAGAUUUGCGUCAUGGGGACCACAGUAAAAUAAGUACUUAUACGCCUCGAAAACAUAAAAAACGUCAAUAUUUGGCUCGAGAAGUGCAUUUGAAUCGCCACCAAUAAUUGUUUUCUUUUUCAGAUACCACGGAAUCUGGAGGAGAAAGACCUCCGACAUAUGUUCGAGACCUUCGGGAAGAUCUACGAGUUCACAAUCCUCAAGGAUAAAUACACGGGCAUGCACAAAGGCUGCGCCUUCCUGACCUACUGUCAUCGAGACCACGCUCUCCGAUGUCAGGCCGCCCUCCACGAUCAGAAAACCCUUCCAGGAGUAAGUUAUUUGGGCCUAAAGUGGCCGACCAAACUUAUUUAGGGAGGGACCUUGAGAAGUGCAUCAAAUUUGGGAAGAAAACGCCCUAAGGCACUGAAUUUGGUGCAAUUUGGGUAAGAAAAAGGGGAAACGAGGCCGGGGCCGGUGCGAGGCCGGAGACAAACAAUUCCGAAGAAAGUGUGGCCGCAAAUUCAAGGUUCACUACCUCCGUUUGGACACUUUGGAGGGAAAGUUUACUUUAUUCUACUGACUUUCAGAUGAACCGUGCCAUGCAAGUGAAGCCGGCGGACUCGGAUUCUCGCCCCAAUUCCCCCAAACCGAGUGAUGAUCGAAAGUUGUUCAUUGGAAUGUUAUCCAAGCAACAAGGAGAAGAGGAAGUCAAGGCACUCCUGUCACCGUUCGGGAAGAUCGAAGAAGUUACAGUACUACGAGCUGCUGAUGGAGUUUCCAAGGUAAGGCUCGGAGGCAAAGCUUGGGACAUUCCUUUGUUCUUUGCAAUAAAUCCAAGUUUAUUUUAUCUUCUUCUUCUCCAGGGAUGUGCCUUUGCCAAAUUCACGAAUGCGGGCGAUGCCCAAAGGGCUAUUUCCGCUCUUCAUGGAAGCCAGACGAUGAGAGGCGCCUCGAGCAGUCUUGUGGUGAAGUUGGCGGACACCGACAAGGAAAGACAGCUCAGGAGAAUGCAGCAGAUGGCUUCGCAGAUUGGGAUUCUGAACCCCCUUCUGGCCGCCCAAUCGGGAAUUUACGGUGCAGCUACGGCCAGUCCUCUAAACCAGUUAAAUGUAAGCAAACCAAAGAGUCUUAAUUCAGUUUGAAGGUGUUGCAACAACAACAAGCAGCUCAAUUGGUGGCCGCGGCUUCCAUACAAAGCCCGGUAACGGCUUCGUAUCUUCCAUUACUGCAGAGUCAAGCCUUGAGUACUCCAAAUAACAUUCUCCCAACCCAGAGUUCAACGAAUCAAGCCGCCGUUGCAGCGGCCGUUGCUGCAGCUCAGGCACAAGUUCAAGCAGCGGCGCAGAUUCAACACCUCGGUCUUCAGAGCCAGAUUCCGGCUUCGAAUCCACAACUACAAAGUCAGUUAUCAGCUUUGGCAGCCCAUCAAGGGACCACCUCGACUGCUAAUUCCAACGGGGAGUUAACAACGACUCAGGCCUACGGGGUCCAAGCUGGCGCCUAUAACCAGUUGAUUGCCUAUGACCAAUCGCAGAAUUGUAAGGAUUAUCUGACCCUGAUAGAACGCUUUCAGCUUCAGCCAUGUACAACCAAACCAUCCAGCAAUUACAACAACAACAAAUGGCCCAAUUGGCAGCCGUUGCCGCCGCCUCAGGCGCUGGGAUUCUCCCCGGUUUCACGCAUAAAGAAGGUAAGGGAAAGAGGUCCGAUACUAAUGUUGUUUUAGUCCCCGGACCGGAAGGGUGUAACCUCUUCAUCUACCAUCUUCCUCAAGAGUUUGGAGAUGCUGAAUUGACACAAAUGUUUUUGCCUUUCGGCACCGUGUUGAGUGCCAAAGUCUUCAUUGAUCGGGCCACAAAUCAGAGCAAAUGUUUCGGUGAGUGCCUCAGGGGUGAAUAUCUGUGUGGAAGUAGUAGUCGCACGUCAUGAUUAUAGUCGGUUUAUGUUCAAGGAUUCGGCUUUUCUUCCCUUUUUUGACGCCGCUCUCAGCGGAUUCAGAGUACUGUAACUAUAGUUAAUUGAUUGGUUUGGUUGGCUUUGGGACUGAGGUUUAAGCUGUUGUCUGAUGGAGUAGUUUGUGGACUAAACGGAUGACAACUUUGAGUAUUGUAAUGCCAAACACGGAGUUCUCCUUUUUUGAGAGUGAGCACAGACUAGAUUAUAUUAUCCUUGAGAGUUGUUCCUCGUUCAUUUCUGAUGCCCAUUAAGUCCGAGGCUAGUACUUGUUUCUCUUUUUUUGUACAGUGUUUUCUAGGAUUUGUAUCGUACGAUAACCCCAACUCGGCGAUGGCGGCAAUCCAGGCGAUGAAUGGGUUCCAGAUCGGGAUGAAACGCCUCAAAGUGCAGUUCAAACGGCCCCGGGACAAGCCCUACUGACCCAUUUAUUGUGAUGUCAUCUCCGGCAUUAUCUCAGAAGUGUCUUGUAAUCGUUAAUUCUUGCGUUUUUUACUUCGGUUCUUUUGUUUUGAUUUCAAUUCUAUUGUGAUUAUGUCAUACUGUAGCUUUUUGAAAUACCAUUUACAUUUUAUGCACGGGGCUGAUGAUGUUGGCAUCGGAGGCCGUGAGGUCUUUAACCGUGAUGGUCUCUGCCUUUGAAUGUUGUAGCUUUUGAACUUUAAUAAUCCUGACCUGCGCACUGAUACUUAAUAUAGUAAAUGUUUUGGUGAUCUUGUCUGUGUGUUUUAACAUGGACGGCCUUUACUUAAACUUGUUCCAGACCCAUCUCCAGUUAUGCUCGUGCAAGAUUGA